AUGGAUAUUGCUAAACCAGUCGGUUCCGAAAUCACAUCUGUUGAUUUCAGUAUCUUGACUUCCAAAGAUAUUAGAUCUCUUUCAGCCAAACAAAUUAUAAAUCCAACUGUCCUAGACAACUUGGGUCAUCCAAUCUCUGGUGGUUUAUACGAUUUGUCUCUGGGUGCAUUCUUAAGAAACUUAUGUACCACCUGUGGUCUCGACGAAAAGUUUUGUCCAGGUCAUGUGGGUCAUAUCGAACUACCUGUACCUGUUUAUAAUCCUCUUUUUUUCAACCAAUUAUACAUAUAUUUGAGAAGUUCAUGUCUUUUCUGUCAUCAUUUCAGAUUAAAAUCUGCUGAAGUCCACAGAUUUGCUUUAAAAUUGAAAUUAUUACAAUAUGGUCUCAUUGAUGAAUCUUACAAAUUGGAUGAAAUUGCUGUAGGUGAUUUACAACAUUUGAUGGAUGAAGCUGAAAAUGAUGAAGCCAUGGAAGAUAACACUUUGAAUGGUGGAUCUGUCAAAGCCUCCGAUACUAAAAAUGUGUCUGCUCAAUGGUUAAAAGAAUUGAAGAGAAAGCGUACUGAAUACGUAGACUUGGUCAUUGCAAAAGCCUUAUCAGAUGGUAGAACCACUGAAAGAGGUACUUUCACUGCUACCGUUAACGAUGAAAGAAAAAGAUUAAUCCAUGAAUUCCAUAAGAAAAUAUUGGCAAGACCAAAGUGUGACAACUGUGGUAUGUUCUCCCCAAAAUUCAGAAAAGAUGGUUUCACAAAGAUUUUUGAAACUGCUUUAACUGAUAAACAAUUAACCAACAACAGAGUCAAAGGUUUCAUUCGUCAGGAUAUGAUCAAUAAACAAGAGCAAGCUAAACAACUGGCUGGCCAAGAUAUUGACAGUGACAAAACUUUUGAUAUCGGUAGAAACCCGGCUUCUAAACCAAAGACUGGUUCUACAUAUAUUUUAUCCACCGAAGUUAGAAACAUUUUAAAUGCUGUUUUCAGAAAAGAACAAAUGGUUUUACAAUAUAUUUUCCAUGCUAGACCAAACUUAUCCAAAAAAUACGUUUCUGCCGAUGCAUUCUUCAUGGAUGUCGUUGUCGUUCCACCAACUAGAUUCCGUUUACCUUCCAAAUUGGGUGAAGAAGUUCACGAAAACAGUCAAAAUCAAUUAUUAUCCAAGAUUUUAACUACUUCUUUAUUGAUCAGAGAUUUAAAUGAUGAAAUGUCUAAACUACAAAAGGAUAAGGUAUCUGUCGAUGACAGAAGAAUCAUUUUCAGUAGACUAAUGAACGCUUUCGUCACUAUUCAAAAUGACGUUAACGCUUUUAUUGAUUCUACAAAGGCACAAGGUAACACCAGUGGUAAGGUCCCAGUUCCAGGUGUCAAACAAGCUCUUGAAAAGAAAGAAGGUCUAUUCAGAAAGCAUAUGAUGGGUAAGCGUGUUAACUACGCUGCUCGUUCCGUUAUCUCUCCAGAUCCAAAUAUCGAAACCAACGAAAUUGGUGUUCCUCCAGUUUUCGCAACCAAAUUGACUUAUCCUGAACCUGUUACCUCUUUUAACAUUGCAGAAUUGCGUCAAGCCGUCAUUAAUGGUCCAGACAAAUGGCCAGGUGCUACUCAAAUUCAAAAUGAAGAUGGCUCCCUAGUUUCUUUGAUUGGCAUGUCCGCUGAGCAGCGUAAGGCAUUAGCCAACCAAUUAAUGACACCAACAUCUCACAACGGUGCUACACAUACUCUAAACAAGAAGGUUUACCGUCAUAUUAAGAACAGAGAUAUUGUUAUCAUGAACCGUCAGCCAACUUUACAUAAGGCUUCUAUGAUGGGUCACAAAGUCAGAGUUCUACCUGGUGAGAAAACUUUACGUUUACAUUAUGCUAAUACUGGUGCCUAUAAUGCCGAUUUUGAUGGUGACGAAAUGAAUAUGCAUUUCCCACAAAAUGAAAACGCCAGAGCUGAAGCUUUCAACUUAGCCAACACUGAUUCUCAAUAUUUAACACCAACCUCUGGUUCCCCAGUUAGAGGUUUAAUUCAAGAUCACAUCUCUGCAGGUGUUUGGUUAACUAAUAAAGACAGUUUUUUCACUAGAGAACAAUACCAACAAUAUAUUUACGGUUGUAUUCGUCCAGAAGAUGGACAUGCAACAAGAGCUAAGUUGGCCACUGUUCCACCAGCUGUCAUGAAACCAGUCCCAUUAUGGACCGGUAAGCAAAUUAUUACAACCGUUCUCUUAAAUAUCACGCCACCAGAUAUGCCAGGUAUCAACUUAAAAUCAAGUAACAAAAUUAAAAAUGACUAUUGGGGUAAAGGUUCCAAUGAAAAUGAAGUCAUUUUCAAAAAUGGUGAAUUACUAUGCGGUAUUCUAGAUAAGAGUCAAUAUGGUGCUUCUAAAUAUGGUAUUAUUCAUUGUUUACAUGAAGUUUAUGGCCCAGAUGUUUCUGCCAAGGCAUUAUCCGUUUUAGGCAGAUUAUUUACUAAUUAUAUCACCGCAACCGCUUUUACUUGUGGCAUGGAUGAUUUACGUUUGACUGAAGAAGGUAACAAAUGGAGAAAGGAAAUUUUAAAGACAUCUGUUGAUACCGGUCGUGAGGCUGCUGCAGAAGUCACUAAUUUGCCUAAAGAUACACCAUCUAAUGAUCCUGAAUUAUUGAAGCGUUUGGAAGAAAUUAUCCGUGACAAUAACAAAUCUGGUAUUCUUGAUGCUGUCACCUCUUCUAAGGUGAAUACUAUCACUUCUAAGGUUGUUUCCACUUGUGUUCCUGGUGGUACAAUGAAAAAGUUCCCAGAAAAUUCCAUGCAAUCUAUGGCUUUAUCUGGUGCCAAGGGUUCUAACGUUAACGUUUCUCAGAUUAUGUGUCUUUUAGGUCAACAAGCUUUAGAAGGUAGAAGAGUACCUGUCAUGGUUAGUGGUAAAACUUUACCAUCUUUUAAGCCUUAUGAAACUGAUGCCAGAGCUGGUGGUUAUAUUAAGGGUCGUUUCUACUCUGGUAUAAGACCACAAGAAUAUUACUUCCAUUGUAUGGCUGGUCGUGAAGGUUUGAUUGAUACUGCUGUGAAGACUGCUUCUUCUGGUUACUUACAACGUUGUUUGACCAAACAAUUAGAAGGUGUCCACGUUUCCUAUGAUAACAGUAUCAGAGAUGCAGAUGGUACAUUAAUCCAAAUGUUAUACGGUGGUGACGCUAUCGAUGUUACUAAGGAAUCUCAUUUGACCAAGUUCAACUUCUGUCUGGAAAACUACGAUGCUUUGUUGAAGAAAUACAACCCAUCUGCAUUAAUCGAACACUUAGAUGUCGAGACAGCUUUGAAAUACUCAAAGAAGUCAUUGAAGUACAGAAAGAAACAUGCCAAGGAAGCACAUUACCAACAAACAGUGAAAUACGAUCCGAUAUUGUCCAAGUACAAUCCUGCUAAGUACUUAGGGUCUGUUUCUGAAAAUUUCCAAGAUCAAUUAGAAAAUUUCCUUCAUGACAAUAGUAAAUUAUUGAAAUCUCAUGAAGAUGUUAAUGAAAAGAAGUUCAGAGCUUUGAUGCAAUUAAAAUACAUGCGUUCUUUAAUUAAUCCAGGUGAAGCUGUAGGUAUUAUUGCGUCACAAUCUGUUGGUGAACCAUCUACACAAAUGACAUUAAACACUUUCCAUUUUGCUGGUCACGGUGCUGCAAAUGUUACCUUAGGUAUUCCUCGUUUAAGAGAAAUUAUUAUGACUGCUUCUGCUGCCAUCAAGACCCCACAAAUGACCUUACCUAUACUAGAUGAUGUCACUGAUGAACAAGCUGAUACUUUCGCUAAGUCCAUUUCUAAGGUUGUCUUGUCUGAAGUCAUUGAUAAGGUUGUUGUUACUGAAACAUCCGGUUCCUCUGUCAAUAACGCAGAUGCUCUUUCGUAUGUUAUUAACAUGAAAUUCUUCGAUGAAGCUGAAUAUAAUGAUGAAUACGAUGUAUCUAAGGAAGAACUACAAGAAGUCAUUUCUACACAUUUCUUACAUGAAUUGGAAACUGCUAUUGUCAAGGAGAUCAGAAAGCAAAAGAGAACUACAGUACCAGAUGUUGGUAUGGCUGUUCCAAGGUUGCAAGAAAUCUCUGAAAGUACCAACACAAAGAGAAUGGAUGAAGAUAAUGAUGAUGAAGAAUAUCACAAGAAGACUAAGCAAGCUGUUUCUUAUGAUGAACCAGAUGAAGAUGAAAUUGAAACAAUGAGACAAGCUGAAAAAUCAUCCGAUGAAGAAGAUUUCAAUUCUGACAAGGAAUCCGACUCUGAAUCCGAAUCUGAUGAUGAAAGUGAAGAAUUACAAAAUGAAUUAAAUAAGACUAUUGAAGAUGCCAAUAAGAACAUGUCCAAGACACAACGUGACCGUCAAUCUGCUAUCAUAUCAAACCACAGAUUUGUUGCUAAAUACAAUUUCGAUGAUGAAAGUGGUAAAUGGUGUGAAUUUAGAUUGGAAUUAGCUGCUGACACAGAAAAGUUACUGAUGGUUAACAUCGUUGAAGACAUCUGCAGAAAAUCUGUUAUUAGACAAGUUCCAAAGAUUGACCGUUGUGUUCACCCAGAACCAGAAAAUGGUAAGCGUGUCUUGGUCACUGAAGGUGUUAACUUCAACGCUAUGUGGGAUCAAGAAGAUUUCAUCGAUGUCGAUGGUAUCAGAUCUAAUGAUGUUUCUGCUGUGUUGAAGACGUAUGGUGUUGAAGCUGCCAGAAAUACUGUCGUUAACGAAAUUAACAAUGUUUUCUCACGUUAUGCCAUUUCUGUUUCUUUCCGUCAUUUGGACUUACUUGCUGAUAUGAUGACUAGACAAGGCACUUACUUAGCAUUCAACAGACAAGGUAUGGAAACAUCUACUUCAUCUUUGAUGAAGAUGUCCUACGAAACUACCUGUCAAUUCUUAACUAAGGCUGUUUUGGACAAUGAACGUGAAGAAUUAAAUACUCCUUCAGCCAGAAUUGUUCUAGGUAAGUUGAACAACGUUGGUACAGGCUCAUUCGAUGUUUUGGCCAAGGUUCCAAACGCUGCAUGA